AUGGCAAAACUGACUGAUGAUGCCGACUAUGAUGCCGGCGAAACGUCUGAUGCUGGGAAUCAUGACAACUACUACGGCAGACGACUUCGGACUAGGUACAUUCUACCAAGUCGCCCUGACAACAAGACCAAGUUGCGAAAACGAGGUCAACCCACUUAUAUAUAUCGAAAUGAGACUACCACCACACCAGAGGCCACAACAGCUUGGUCUUCAUAUCUUCAAUCGCUGUACAGCCCGGUUUCGGUUAUCGUUGGGGAUGUUGGUGACGCACAGACGAGAGCAAAACUGCGGACAACCUUGGAGGUAAGCUUAAGUGAAAUUCAAUGCUAG